AUGGUGGGAGUACUCACCGUUUCUGCAGCAUCAUUUCCGUUCGCCGCUGCUGCGGUUGCUGCUUACACCUCCAAAGCCGAGCUUGUAUUCGACCAGGGCGCAUCAAUUCCGAGCCUUGAUCUCAACGGGUCCAAAACCACUACCGAGGAUGAGAUCGUGAGGGUCCUUGCCAAGGAGGGCGGCCUGUCCGACGAUAGUGCGAAGACCCAGGCGUAUUUUGCAUUAGCAAAGACUCUACCGACAGUCACUGCAUUUCCCGAGAUCGUCGCAGCUUUAGACUCUCUUGACGACCACCUUGCAUUCCGGACAUUUCUUGUUGGUCACGACAUUUCCGGAGCAGAUUGGAUCGUUUGGGGCGCACUUAAAGGAAGUGUGAAAAUCGUUGGGCUUCUAAAGAACAAUAAACAUCCCCAUCUCCUCCGGUGGUACUCACAUCUUGAGUCUCUCGAGACUACACAGUUGGCUCUUGCAAGCCUCAGUGAGGCAAAAUCCAGCAAGGCGCGCUCGAACAAAACUGCGGCAUCAUUCGCCCUUGGAUUGCAAAAUGCCGUCGACGGUCAAGUGGUCACCCGUUUCCCACCCGAGCCGAGUGGCUAUUUGCACAUUGGACAUGCAAAAGCGGCCAUGCUCAACCAGUAUUUCGCCCGGAUGUACCAUGGAAAGCUCCUCAUCCGCUUCGACGACACCAACCCAACAAAAGAGCGCACAGAGUUUGAGGAGACAAUCCUCGAGGACCUGGCCCUCCUCGAUGUCCACGGAGACAAGGUCUCGCAUACGUCCGACUACUUCGACCAGCUCUACGAGUUCGCACUGAAGGUCAUCAAGGAGGGCAAGGCCUACGCGGAUGAUACCGAGCAGGCACAAAUGCGCGAGGAGCGCUUCAACGGGAUUGCAUCGAAGCACCGUGACGACAGCGUCGAGGACAAUAUGAAGCACUUCGCCGAGAUGAAGGCGGGCACUGCAGAGGGUGUGCGCUGGUGCGUCCGCGCGAAGAUGAGCGUUGACAAUCCAAACAAGGCGCUGCGAGAUCCUGUCAUCUACCGCUGCAACCUGCUCCCGCACCACCGGACUGGUGAUAAAUGGAAGAUAUACCCAACGUACGACUUCGCAUGUCCUAUCGUUGACUCGCUCGAGGGUGUAACGCACGCACUGCGGACGAACGAGUACCGCGACAGGAAUCCGCAAUACUAUUGGAUGAUCGAAGCUCUCGGCCUAAGAACGGUGCAUAUCUGGGACUUCAGUCGUCUCAACUUCAUCUACACGCUGCUCUCAAAACGCAAGUUACACUGGUUUGUAGACUCCGGACUUGUGCGAGGCUGGGACGACCCUAGGUUCCCCACCGUGCGAGUACACAACUACAAAGGUAUUCGCCGAAGAGGGAUGACUGUUGAGGCGCUGCGACAAUUUAUGCUCGCACAGGGACCCUCGCAGGCAAUCGUCUCGCUAGAAUGGGAUUCGCUCUGGACGCUGAACAAGAAAGUCAUCGAUCCCAUCGCACCCCGCUUCUGGGCUAUCACCAAAACGAAAAUAGUCAACGUCACUAUCCACAAUGGUCCCGCGGAAGCCGAGGUAAAGACACUGCCGAAACAUAAGAAGAACACGGAAGUCGGAGAGAAGCAGACGGUGUUCUCGUCGAAUAUUUACGUGGAACAGGAGGACGCAGCGUCCUUCGACGAUCAUGAGGAGAUCACCCUCAUGGACUGGGGUAAUGCCAUUGUCCGCUCGAAGGUGACUAACGCCGAUGGGACUAUUACCGCCCUCGUGCUGGACCUGCACCUCGCUGGUGACUUCCGCAAAACGAAAAAGAAGAUCACCUGGCUCUCGCAGCCGGCCGGUGCACACGCACUCACCGACGUCACGCUGCUCGACCACGACUAUCUGAUCACGAAGAAGAAACUCGAGGAGGCAGAUGACGUGAAGGACUUUGUCACGCCUGUGUCCGAAUACCGCGAGGACGCGCUCGCAGACGCAAAUGUACUUGCUCUCGCAAAAGGUGACAUCAUACAAUUCGAGCGCAAGGGGUACUACAUCUACGACGGCGUGAACGACGGUCGUCGCGAGUUCAUCCAUAUCCCGGACGGCCGCGCAGCGAGCCUUGCGAGUAAGGCGUCCUCGACGCCCGGCGCGGCAACACCGUCGGCGAAGGGGAAGGAGAAGGGCGCCGCGGUGGGGGGCUCAGCGGUGGGAGAAGAAUUCGUAACGAGUGCAUUGAGUGUGCCUGUGGACACGAAGAUGUAUUCGGUCACACCUGUGUACGGCAGCGGGGACGUCGUUGCUCCGGCAGAGACGAAGAUGUACAAGGUGACGAAUGUGUAUGAUUCGUAG